AUGUACUACGUUGGCACCAUCAGCAUUGGAACGCCCCCUCAGGAGUUCAGUGUCGUCUUUGACACGGGCUCAGCUCUCUUGUGGGUGCCCUCCAUCGGCUGCUCCCAUCGCCUGUGUGGGAAACACAAAAUCUUUGACCCUCGGGCGUCCUCCACCUUCCGGAGCACGACCCAGUACUUCGACCUGUUGUACGGGUCCGGCAGAGUGAUCGGGGUGCUGGGCUACGACGACGUGCGGGUCGGGGACCUGGUGUGCAAAUCCCAGGCAGUUGGCCUAACCUGGUUUGACUUCGGCAAGGCCAUGAGAAUAUCGGACUUUGACGGCAUAAUGGGACUGGCCUACCCCUCCCUCGCACUAAGAAACACCACCCCGGUCUUCGACAACAUGUGGAACCAAGGGCUCAUAUCUGAGAAUGUCUUCGCCUUCUACCUGAGCAGCAAUGAGAAGAAUGACAGCGUGGUGAUGUUCGGCGGCGUGGACCACUCCUACCACCGGGGCGAGCUCCAGUGGGUGCCGGUGAGCGAGCAGGUCCACUGGCAGGUCACUGUGGACAGCAUCUCCAUGGACGGCAAGGUCGUGGCCUGUGCGAACAGCUGCCAGGCCAUUAUGGAUACCGGGACCUCGCUGAUGAUUGGCCCAACAGACCCCAUGAUUAACAUUAUGAGGGACAUCAGCAUCCAGAAGAUGAGAUCCGGCUGGUACGUCGUCAAUUGUACGGCCAUCCCGAGCCUGCCUGACAUCGUCUUCACCAUCAAUGGCAUUGCAUACCCAGUGCCAGCCAGCGCCUACAUCAGGAGGGAGGAGACGGGCAGCUGCCUCACGAACUUGUAUGGCUCAGACUUCAGCAGCUCUUGGGUCCUGGGGGACGUCUUCCUGCGGCUCUAUUUCACCGUCUUCGAUCGGGCCAACAACAGGAUCGGCUUGGCUCCUGCCAGGGCAUAGAUGUGGGCGCCCAUCCU